AUGCAUCAAUAAUUACCGCCAGAAUAACUAGAUAGACUCAUAUGUUUAGAAGCCAGAAUACAUAAGAAAUCAAAGGAGGAGAUCAUCUAAGAAUAAUAUCUGCAAACCGAGAAAAACAAAUAAAAUGAUGAGAAUGAUAAUAAUCAACCAAAUACCGAUUCUAAUAAAAAGCCAGAGGAUUUGAAAUGUUCCAAUUAGAGUGAGAUUUCACCUGACAACAUUGUUAUUUCUUAGGUUAUGAGUCCAGUUCACAAGAAAACCAAUUAUGUGAGCAAGAAUUCCUAGUAGAAAAAAAAGAAAAAAACUAAGGAAACCCAAUAAAAAGAUAUUACUCAAUAUUUGCAAGCAUAAAAGAAAUAAUUAAAAGUCACAAAAGGCGAACAGAAACUCAUUGAGUACACAAUACAAGAUUCUCCAUUCAAGAACAAGACUACUAUACCAAAUGACCAUGCCAUUGAAUAGCAACUCAAAGAAAAGCAGAACAAAAUUGUCAUCUAAGAGAUACGAAUCAAAGAGCUGGAGACAUUGAAUUGUGAAUUAAAGGAGACAAUUUCUACUCUCACAGAUCAACAUUCUAAAAUGCAAGAAGUACUGAAAUUAUUAGCCAUCGAUAAUGAAAAACUAAAAAAACAAUAAUUACAAAUACAAAUUAAAAAUAAUCGCUUUAGAUUGGGAGAGUUCAAUCUUUAAAGAGAGAAGAUAAACGUUAUUGAUGUUUGGAUUGAAGGCUAAGAGAUCAAAGAUGCAAGGGAACAAGCCAAAAACCUUGAAAAUACUAAGUAGGACUUAGAAAAUAAAAAGAAAAAUCCAAAGAAUAAAGACGAGGCUGAAAUAAGGGCAAUCAAUGUCAAAUUGAAUUUUAUAGCAAAGGAAGAACAAUUGAUACAAGAAAAGAUCGAUAGGUUGGAGACUGAGAAGGUCUUACACAUCAAGUAGAUGAAACGAUUGUAUGAAGAGGAACAUGCCAGAUUUACCAAGAAUAAUGAUUAUCCAUUAAUUGGAUCAAGAUAUUAAAUAUUGUCAUUAUUAGGUAAAGGCGGAUUCAGCGAAGUUUAUAAAGCAUUCGAUUUAUAAGACUUUAAAGAAGUUGCAUGUAAAAUACAUUAAUUGAAUUCUAAUUGGUCUGACCAUGCUAAAUAGAAUUAUAUUCGACAUGCAAUUAGAGAGAAUGGUGUGCAUAAAGAGCUUAAUCAUUAAAAUAUCGUUAAACUCUAUGAUUCUGUUGAAAUAGAUAAGACUUCAUUUUGCACUGUUUUGGAAUUGUGUGAUGGACCAGACUUAUCUUACUAUAUUAAGAGAUAUAAAUCAUUUCCAGAGAAGGAAGCCAAGUUAUUGAUAUUUCAGAUCAUUUCAGCCAUUAAAUACCUAAAUAAUCACAAGAACAAGAUAAUACAUUAUGACCUGAAACCAUAGAAUAUCUUGUUUCAUUAAAACGAUUUGAAAAUCUCAGAUUUCGGGUUGUGCAAAGUCUUAGAGGAUGACAAUUCUAAAUUAUAAUUAACAUCCCAAGGCGUUGGAACCUAUUGGUACUUGCCUCCGGAAUGUUUUCAUAUGGGCGAUUAGCCUCCUAGCAUUUCAAGCAAAGUUGAUAUUUGGAGCAUUGGAGUCAUCUUCUUUGAAAUGCUGUUUGGAUAAAAACCGUUUGGAUAGGGAUUGAGUUAGGAGAAGAUAUUGAAAGAAUAGAUUAUUAUAAAAUCAUAAACAGUCACUUUCCCAUAGAAACCUGUAAUAUCAAAUGAGUGCAAAGAGUUUAUUCGAGGGUGUUUAGCUUACAAUUAGGUUGAUCGAUUAGAUGUACAUUAAGCUUUUAAUCAUCCGUACUUUCUUAAAAAACAGUAUUGA